AUGCACGCUCCACACACAUGCAAAGCGCUAGUGGGGAAAGACGAGGGUGAUCAAACGUCCGGCCAUCUCCAUGAGGUAUCCGGAAGGGUGAACCGGCCAUCAGUCAUGCGCGAUUCGUGCUUUCCCACACACCUCGUGCGUGCGCCACUUUUUCAGCAUCACAAUCGUCCUCGACAAGCUUGCCAGCGUCGCAAAAUACGCGCACACAAAGUCCCUCCAAGGAAAGCGGCUCGAAUGUAA